GGGCCGCCACGCUUGAGAGAUGCAGAGGCGUUAAAAUGGCUAUGUCGUCACUGUCCACAGGAAGAAUCAUCACAGUCUCUGAUUUUCUGCGGGAUCGAAAUGUUCCUGAAGAAGCUAUCAGCUACCUGGAGGAGGAAAAGAUUGACAAAGAUGUCAUCCCUCUUAUGGAAGAUGGGCAUCUGGCCAAAUUCGUUCCAUCAUUUGGGGAUCGACUAGCAUUGGUCAACUUCUGCAGAAACCAAACACCACUUCAGAAGAGGAAGAUGGGUCUUUUUGAAAAGCUCCGUUCAAAGCUCCAGAUGAAAAAAAAAACUGCUUCAAGUCCAACUUCUACAACUACAGGUCAAGGGCCAAACACUGAAUCUCAAAUCCCUGCAAAAAAAAGAGGGAAAGCAAGUCAUCGAAAGAUUGAAAUAGGAUGGCUGCACUCUGAGGGUGGUGUAGUAAAACAAAUUCGAGCAAAACAAGGAGGGGGCACAAGGACAGUAGUUAUUGGAGUAGACUGUGGCAUGGAUACUGUCCUAGAAAAAGGAAAGAAUUUCUUCUUCCCAAAAGGAACCUCAACCAAAGGCAAUGAAUCUGACUUUAAGUUUGAAGUGUGGGAUUACAAACACCACCCAGUCCAUGAAGAUGUGACCGUUGGUUUUGUGUAUGAUACCCUUGGCAUGGCCAGAUUACGAUUCUAUGUUGCUACUUGCUCAAAUGAAGAGUUACAAAAGGACAGCAUCACUGACAAACCAGAUGAUGAUGUUGAAGAAAUUAUGGUGAAAAAUAAUGUUAGCGAUAAACGGAAGCUGGAUGCUUAUGCAAAUGUAGAAGUGAGUGAUGAUGAUGAUCGUCAUCAUCAUGAGGGUCCUGAUGAUUUUGAGGAAGAUGUGAUAUUUUUGCAAGAUGAUGACUCUUUGAGCACUGGGAUGGAGGGCAGUUCACAGCACACUCAGUUGAUAUCAGUCACUGAUUCCCAUGGUAUCACAGGUGCCCACCUUGUUGCUGGUGGCCUUCAUACACUGGCAGCUAAAGCCCCACAUGUUUUUCAAAGCACUGACUUCACAUCAGAUGAUACAGACUUUGAGGUUGCAUUUGGCUCAGGUCAUGAACAUGAUACUGAUCUAAAUGACACAGAGCCAUAUGAUUUUGAAAUCCUGCAUCAGCACCCGCCACCGACCACUUCACCCUUUUCUGUUGAUGAGUCCCAACAACAGCCACCUACAGUGUUGUGUGCACCCAGUGAAGAAGGCCCACAACAGCUACAGCCAAAGGUUGUAACGAUACACCAUGGCAGCUGCCUGGAUGACAUGAUCAGUGGAUUCUUGGAUCCAGCAGUGCUGACACAACCACUGAUCUUCAAACGACUUCUUCCUGAUAAUACAGAGGAAAACGGCACUGGUUCAGGUGUUGUGAAAGAUGUUUAUAGUUCCUUUUGGAAUGAAUUUUAUGAUCGUUGUACAGUAGGAACAACAGUGAAAGUUCCUUUUAUAAGGCAUGAUUUCCACAGUGACACCUGGAAGGCAGUUGGAAGAAUUCUUCUUAAAGGUUAUCAAACAUGCCAGUACCUUCCAAUUAAGUUGGCUCUCCCUUUUGUGGAGGAGAUCUUGUACGGAGCAGUGUGCAGUGACCUACUUGAAACCUUUAAGUACUUUGUGAGUUUACAAGAUCACAACAUCCUCUCAAAGGCUCUUACUGAUUUUUGCUCAGUUGAUACUGAUGAACUUAUGGAUGUUCUUGAGAACUAUGAAUGUCGCAAAAGAGUCACUGCUGAGACACUCAGGGAUAUACUGAUGGAGAUUGCACAUAAAGAGCUUGUGCAAAAGCCAAUGUAUGUGAUAGACUGCUGGAAAGAUGUGAUACAGCCAAAUAUCACCCUUGACCAUAUUGAGCUUGUUAAGAUGUAUAACAGCCUCAGACCAACACCUAAGAAAGUGCAGGGACUCCUUCACUUCCCUGUGAUGAUGACCGCAAAGCAAAGGGAGGUAGAGAACCAUCUAAAGAGGUACAUCAGGGAGUUGGAUGACGAAAAACUUUGCAAGUUUCUACGAUUCACUACAGGAAGUGAUGUGAUCACAUGUAACAGAAUUGAGAUUUUGUUCACUAACAUGUCAACAUUCACAAGAAGGCCCAUAGGGCAUACAUGUGGAAGGGUUUUAGAGCUUGCUGAGUGCUAUGAAAAUUUCCCUGAUUUCCGGUCCGAAUUUAAUGCUGUGUUUGACAGUAACAUCUGGAUCAUGGAUAUUGUGUAGCUCUUGCUGAGCUAUGUUUGGCCCAUUCACAUUCACAGGAAGAUUUCAUUUUAGGACAAGAUAUCUAACAGUAUUUUUUCAAAAGGGGUCCAAACCAGGUUUAAGAUAUCCUAGAGUCAAAAAAAGGUUAUGUAAGGGAUUUAUUCUGUCUGUGUGCAUUAAGUGGGGUAGGGGUCAAAGAGCCGGCCUUUCUUUUACAACUAAACUGUCUGUCUUGUUAUUUCUCAAGCGUUUUUGAAACAUUAGGUUCCCUAUGCACUUUGAGGUACUUUGUUUUCUGUACUCAAGGAAUUGUAUUGUAUUUACUACCUUUAAAUGUUGUUGUUAAGGUUUUAUGUAUUCUUGAAAUGAGCAGUUUAACAAAAAAAAACAUUUUAGUCUAGUUUGCUUUAAUCCAAUGAGUUUUGUUUUGUAGUGCUCAAGGCACAAAACAUUAAAAAGAAACCUUUAAUAGGAAUGUCUCUCUCCAAGUAUGAUUUGUGUCUUGUUGAAACUGGAACUUCAGUGUUUAAAGUUAUACUUUGUUACCCAGUAAAUUGAUAUUCAAAAGUCGUUUCAAAGCAUAUGUUUGUUUAUGUGUGUGUGUGUGUGUGUGUGUGUGUGUGUGUGUGUGUGUGUGUGUGUGUGUGCGCGUGUGUGUGUGUGUGUGUUAUCCAAGAUGAAGUUAGAUGUUCAUACCACCUUGUUUUGUAAUGAAUGUAUAAAUGUGGUCUGAGCACAGUUUAGUACUGUAAACAAGACUGUUAGUCGGUUCACUGUUAACAGUAUGCCUUUUUUUGUAGAUGUGUACAUUUGUUGCUGAAGAGCAGGCCAAACAGCACAAUUUACAGCACAUCGUUUACUGUUUUUCUACAUUUAUGAUCUGUGUUUGCUGUAUGUUCUAAAAUGAUCAUAUGUAAUAAAUGCAUUUCUUUCCAAAUGAA